CACAAAUACACCUGGUGCGGCUAAUCUGAAAGUGAGAAUACCUUACGACAAUUUGAACACUCUUUUUCGUUUUCAACUUUUAUUUUCAUUCUCUCCUUCAAUUCUUUUUACGAUAUUUUAUAGCAAAAGCACUUCGAAAGAAACGACCAAGCCACUUUACUAUUGAUGGCUACCUUUCGAGAAAAGGAGGGUUUCCCUCAAGUGCCCUCCUCGCUUAAACACGAGGCGUACGAAACCAAGGACAUCCGCAACAUGAAGUUUCGCGAGCUGCUAUCCCAGAGCUCGGCCAAAGGUGUUACCCCAUACCUCGGACUCGGUUCACGACUUUCGCAGAUCUGGUUUAAUCGAUGGACAAUCCUACUCCUCCUGGUGUUGGUCAACUUCCUUCUGACCUUGGGAACACUAAACGACAACCUUGGCGAUGCUAAGGCGAAGGCUCUGUCGGCAUGUACAAAGGUCGAGGACAUUGGUAGUGCCAUGGCUUCGAUGCCUCACUACUUGUCCGUCGGCGUCAAUAAACUCACCGCGUCGGGUAUCACUGACUCCGUUCAAGCCUUGAUGAAGGUUCUUGACAUGAUUCUUACCGGUGUAGAGCAGCUAAUCCUUUUCGUUAUUGGGAUGAUGACGGAUACCUACGUCUGCUUGAUUUCUAUGGUAAUCCACGGAGGGCUAAAUGCUUCUGCUCUCGCCAUCGAGAAGACCACCGAUGCCAUGAACGAGGCUAUCAAUGGGAUUGCCCAAGCCAUUAACAGCACCGCAGAUGAUCUCCAAAAACCCGUCGAUGCUAUAUACUCGGUCGUUAACGGAGCGGUGGACACAGGCAACAAAGCUACUAGCAUUGUUGGAGGAGCUGUCGCUUCCGCCACAGAAGAAGUUGGUGGUGCCAUCGAGACUGCUAUCAGCGGCAUCUUCGGUCGGGCUACUAUUCCACCCAAGCCAGAAGUCGCUGGGGAUAUUCGAUCAGUGGCCGCGAAACUAUCCGAGGUCCACAUCAACACCACCGGCUUCGUCUCGGAUCUCGACCAGUUGAACCAGAAUAUCCCGGAUUUCGAUGACAUCAAGAAACUCACUUCCAACGCUGUAUCACUCCCCUUCAGCUUGAUCAAAGAUCAGCUGGAUAAAGCCUACGGCAACUGGGCAUUCAACGAUAGCGUAUUCCCCGUCGCCAAGAAGGAAGCCUUGUCUUUCUGUUCCGACAACUCGGCGAUCAACGACUUCUUCGAAGGACUGUAUGAGAUUGCACACACUGCCAAAAUAGUAGCAAUUGCGGUUCUGUCAAUUCUUGCGAUCGCUGUCUGUAUCCCAAUGGCGUAUAUGGAGAUUCGCCGAUGGCGCCGUGCCCAAGUCGCUUCGGAGAGUGCUUACGAUGACAUGGAUCUUGUCUACUUGACCUCACGUCCUUGCACAUCUCGGGUGGGAUACUGGAUUGCUUCCAAGUUUGAUGAGAAGCGCAGGCUCUUGGUGCGAUGGUGUAUUGCAUACGCCACCUCCCUGCCAGCUCUCUUCGUUCUGUCCCUAGCAUUAGCAGGCCUUUUCUCUUGUUUCUGCCAGUGGGUCCUUCUGAAGUCGAUUCAAAAGGAGAUCCCAGCCCUCGCCGACCAAGUUGGAGACUUUGCCGGACAGGUGGUUGACACCUUGGGCAACGUCUCGCAGAAAUGGGCAGACGAUGCGAACGGCGUUAUCACGUCGUUCAGCAGUGAAAUCAACGACGACAUCCUCGGGAAGGUCACUAACGGAACUAGCGCCGUCAAUGAUACUAUCAACACCUUCACGGAAGAGGUUAACAAGGGUCUUACUACGGUUUUCGGUGACACCAUGUUCAAGGAUCUCGCUCAGAACACCAUCCGAUGCUUGAUCGGUCUGAAGAUUGAGGCUUUCCAGAGAGGUCUCACCUGGGUACACGAUCACGCUCACAUCGACUUCCCCAUGUUCCCCAACGAUGUCUUCUCUGCCGGUGCCUCUCAUUCCAUCUCUGGCGACUCGGAUCUCACGACCUUCCUGGCCACACCAAGCAGCGUUACCACUGACGAGGUCACAGGAGCUGUUACGCAUGUCACUGACUGGCUCCUGAGCAACAUCAUCCAAAAUGCCCUUGUUUCGCUAGGUCUCCUCCUUGUAUACGUUAUCAUCAUCCUCAUCGGCGUGAUCCGCACCCUCGUCGGCCACAACGACGUCGCCGGCGACACCCGCCGCAUGCGCAUCCAGGACUUCGACCAGUCGCAGGCCGUGCCCAUGUCUACGCGUAGAAUGAGGCCCGAGGCAUCUGCGCAUAACAUGCCGCAGUUCGGCGGCGACGUCAGCGCGCACCCGGACCACUACAACGGUUCCCCCUUCGCGCGCGACGACGCCUUCAGCCGCGGACAAGUGCAUGGCGGCCCUGUUACGACCGAGGAGGUGCCCCCGUAUACCAGGAAUAGUAGCUACGUUCAGUACGGCGAUGCGAAGCGGUAGGGCCGCGAGCAGCCGCAGCAUAGCCACGGCUCUGGUUCCGGUUCCGGUUCUGAGGAAGGAAGGAACGCACUGUCCCCCGUUCCUGAAAACCCCUUUCAGGACCCGGAGCAGCCGCGUCGACGACACUAGUAGCUGAUGACACUCACGUCCUUACCUCGCCUUUUAUUAUUAUCAUUAUGAUUUCGGGUUUUAGCAUUUUUAUUUUCCUUUGUUACAUACCUACUCGGUCACUCAUUCGUU